UGUUGCGUAAUAACACAUCAUAUUUGAAUCGAUGAACCUUUGAAUCUGUUGUGGCCGGCGUCGGACGUUGCCCUCAUCGUACAGUGUACCGGUGGGCGAUUGGAUAGCUUCAAAGUACGUCUUGCAGUGAUUUGCACACUGCCUGGAAAUUAUAUCCGAAGGGAUUUACAUCCAUCUUGUACUACUGUUGAUUUAGGGUUUUCGUGGCGGGCUGUCAAACAUUGGAUUUACUCCCCCCAAUUUGGCACUCGACAAAUGCUCAAAGGAAAGCUGAUUGUGCUUUGAGCAAUUGCACGAUCGCAAUUGUAUGCUUAUUGAUGCACGAAUUCUCUUAUUGUGGGGAAAAUAAGGAAAUUGAGCAUGAGCAUCGUUCCGAAUGAAACAAUCGAAGUGAUUGCACAGAGUAUAGGCAUCUCCAACUUAUCUCCAGAUGUCUUGCCUGCUCUGGCCGCCGAUGUGGAGUACCGCAUUCGCGAAAUCAUGCAGGAAGCAAUCAAAUCCAUGAGACAUUCUCGAAGAACUACUUUAACGACGGAAGACGUGGAUAGUGCGCUUGCAAUAAGAAACGUCGAGCCAAUAUAUGGAUUUGCAUCUGGAGAUCCACUGCGAUUCGCUAGAGCCGCAGGUCACAAGGAUUUGUUCUAUAUUGAAGAAAAGGAUGUGGAAUUCAAGGAGGUGAUUGAGGCACCCCUACCUAAGGCCCCAUUAGACACCUCGGUGGUUGCACACUGGUUAGCCAUUGAAGGAGUUCAGCCUGUUAUUCCAGAAAAUCCUCCUCCUGAAGCUCUUCAGAGCUUUUCAAUGCCUUCUGAUACCCGGAAAACUGAAUUCAAAGAUGAUGGAGUUCCUGUUGACAUUAAAUUGCCGAUUAAGCAUGUGCUUUCGAGGGAGCUGAAGCUUUACUUUGAUAAGAUCUCAGAGUUGACUCUUAAUAGAUCAGACUCCCCAGUGUUUAAACAAGCAUUACUGAGCUUGGCAACUGACUCAGGAAUUCAUCCAUUGGUCCCCUAUUUCACAUUUUUUGUUGCGGAUGAGGUCUCUAACAACUUGAAUAAUUUUACACGCCUUUUUGCUUUGAUGCGUGUUGUUUGGAGCCUUCUACGAAAUCCACACAUACAUGUCGAACCAUAUCUUCACCAAUUAAUGCCCUCAAUCAUGACAUGCUUGGUGGCCAAAAGAUUGGGAAACAGAUUCUCCGACAACCACUGGAAUCUAAGAAAGUUCACUGCAAACCUGCUUGCUUCGAUAUGCAAGAGAUUUGGCCAUGUUUAUCAUGAUCUCCAGCCACGUGUGUCGAGGACGUUGCUACAUGCUUUCUUGGACCCGUCCAAAGCUCUUACGCAACAUUAUGGUGCUAUUCAAGGGCUAGCAGCCCUUGGGCCUAAUGUGAUACGAUUGCUUUUGCUGCCCAACCUUGAGGCUUAUAUGCGACUUCUGGAGCCAGAAAUGCAGUUAGAGAAACAAAAUAAUGAAGCAAAGAGGCAUGAAGCCUGGCUUGUCUACGGGGCACUAAUGUGUGCAGCCGGCCUCAGCUUGUACGAUAGGUUAAAGAUUAUACCUUCUCUUACAUCGACACCAGCCCAUUCGAUCUUGAAAAACAACCACAAAGUGCUGACUACAGGUUCAAAUAAGCGCAAGCCAAGCUUCGAUAACACGGAUCACCAACCACCGGAGAAGAAACUAGCAACGGACAGUUCUACAGGCUUGAUUAUGCCAACGGCACUCCCAGGGGACAUGCCGGGAACGAGCAGUGGAUAUUCUGCAAACAUGGAUGCUUCUAUGCAACGAUCGAGGUCUGUAAUGGACAAUGUGGUCGGAACAAGCAGCGGAAACUUGAAGAGUACAGCAUCUGUUGGCCGGAUGUGGAAAAAGGAUGCCUCCGCCGACGCCAGAGAUUUUCUGCCUCGGCUUUAUGAAUAUUUUGGCGAGUGUAUGUUGUCGUUUGUACCGUGUCCGGAGGCAUCUUUAUUCUUGUGAUCUUCAACGAUGACUCGAACAUUAAGUUCUAAAUUAAAAAUAUGUAUAUAUAUAUAUAUAUAUUAUCUUAUGUA